CUCUUACACAUUCCAUCGGUGUCUUCCAAUGUCAUUCAAGGUCCGUACUCCAGGUUACUGCGAGGCAUGUGGAAAGCGUCCUCGGUAUUCGGACGGCCAAAAAGUCCACCCCUAUUGCAGUAAGAGUUGCGCAACGUAUGCUAGACACAUUCGAGGUUCGGUAUCCAACGAGAGCAGCGUGCACGAUGGACUUUGUGAGGCUUGCCAUGCUCGCCCCAAGCGCUCUGAUGGAGCUACAGUUCACCCUUAUUGUGGGCGUAGCUGUGCCAACUUUGCCAAGAACAGUGGUGUAGUUGGGCCAUCCACGCGGAGCGGGUCUCGUAUGUGCCAGACUUGCGGGCGCCGGCCCCAACAUUUCGACGGGCGCAUUUUGCACCCCUACUGCGGCAAAAGCUGCGCUGCUGCUGCGAACAAAAACAAUUCCGUGGGGUACAUUGGGCCCUGUGAAUUUUGUGGCCAAGCACCUCGUUACUUUGACGGAAACACAAUUCACUCUUGCUGUUCAAUGAAAUGUGCAAGGUCGGCCAGUGGUGAAGGAAAUCCUUCUGAGGAUCGUUGCCUAAUAUGCGGAGACCCCGUGCACGAGGGUAGACACUUUUGCAGCAACAAUUGUGUACAAAGUGCGGUAGACUCAGCCCCUCUGUUACUCGACGUGCCGAAGGAAAAUGCUACCUUUCAAAGCGUCGUAAACCAAUUUAAGGCUACAUGGAAACACUCCACAGAUUGCCCCACUGUACGUUGGGUGUUUAAGGUCAUCAUAUCUCGAAGGCUCUUGAGCCAAUAUGAGACACACCGUGCCGGUGUUGAGGCGCGCGGAGACUUUGUAUCUGCUGGUAUGAGUCUCGGUAACGAGCAGCGUCGCUGGCACGGAACAUUUCGCGAGUGCCUUCUAGGCGAUGAAGGAAAUACUGAGACAUGCAACUCCGUUCAAUGUCGCCUCUGUCAGAUCAUACGAUGCUCAUUCAAAAUCGAGCUUUUUGGCACAAAUAUGACGUGGGGAAGAUUUGGUAAAGGCAUCUAUACUACAUCAACAUCGUCCAAAGCGAACGACUACAGCAAGAGUAGUCAGGGUUCUCUAUACAAGACGCUGCUUCUGAACAAGGUGAUUGUUGGGAAUGGGUUCAAGGUCACUAGAGACCAGCAAACGUUGCAGGCCCCUCCAUCUGGCUAUGAUUCAGUUUUGGCGGAGGUCGUACCGGGGGGCACGUUGAACUAUGAUGAACUCGUUCUCUAUAAUGACGAUGCCAUCCGCCCAUCCUAUCUUGUUGUUUAUGAUGCUUAGGAUCGCCUGUAUUCAAACCUUGCAGUGGCAUUUGCUUCUUUACCAGCUAAGAGUAUGGGCUGAGCGACUUGAAACUCGCCCGUGUUGGUGCUUGAUAUCCCGGGAUACGUGUUCUCGAUAACCAUUGGUAAUGGCUGGUUUGCCCAAACAUUGUUUCAUUCCCGCCGAACAAAG